AACUACCAUUGAAAGCUCGAAAGUUCCUGUUGUCGCAUCGUCAAUAAUACUUCAGCUUCCUUUAGACUGCACAGUAUCUGCUGUCAUGAAGAUAGUAUGUCUCCUGCUGACCAUGGGUGUGAUCACCAGAGCAGCCAUCGUACCCAAGGAAGUGCCCAAUCGUCACGACCGCUCCUUCAACAACGACUUCUCUCUGCGCUCCGAGGUGACGUUCAGCUCAAAUGGUGACUGUACCAUAUUAGGGGAGACCCUCCACCUACUUGACUGUCGCUGGAUCUUACACAGCGACUACGACCGCCUCUUCGACGACUACGUUCUCAACACACGACCUCGCCAACAAGUGGAGAUAUACCCGAACGGAGACUGUGUAAUAGAAGGUGACAUGGUGUUCGUGAUGAACGCUUGUCGCCAACGUUUAGGGGCUCGAGAGUACGACCGUCUCUAUAAGGAGAAGUUUGGAUUGCCCAAUGUCCAGGUUGAUGAAUACGGGUAUUGUUAUACCGGGGACAUGGAGUUGGCGCCGGAAGAUUGUCCGGUUUUUAUUGGAUAUGUGCCGUACAUUGUACUCAUGAGUCGGAACAGCUACUCAUAAGGAUACAUGACAACUCGUUGAUCUGAUGCUAUGAAGUCAAGGCAGUUAUCGAGCGUACAUUCAAGGCGCUGCUUAAUCCCACGAAAAUGAUUAAAUUAUUGUCAUUUUUCCCCGAUCCUUAAGACUUAACGUGCAAGUGCGUGUGCAAAAAUGGAAUUCCAAUGCGACUUAUUUGGGCAUAUAUGUUGCUCUCGGUCUUUUUGUAUUGCUCGAUGGCUUCCUCCACUCCAUGAGAUUUCUUGUGCCUUUGUACAUUGGUAAACAGGGACAAGCCUAUCUAGGGAUAUGUUUCAGAUAUUAAGUGUUUCACACUAAGAAUCACUAAUCUUAAUGUAGUUGUGAAGGGGGUUAUAUUGUAUAGGAAUAUAUUGACAGAAAACAGUACAGAGUAUAUGAGGAGAAAAUGUAAAAUAGGUUGAAACUUUACUAAACCAAGAUUUAGCUCAUCUUCGAUUGUCAAAUUGGUCUUAUUCCCAUUCUAUUGCGUACCCAUGUCCCAAUCGCAAGUUUACCUUGGAUUUAAUCCGAUGAAAUGCUCACCACGUCAAAAAACGUCCAACCACAUUGCAAGAGACAUUCUGUAGAAAGCUAUUGAAAUGCAUGGAGAUGUUCACGCAAGUUGCAAAACGAUGCUUAAGGAAGAAAUUCGGCGUAAACUCAUCAUCCCUUACUCUCUUUUAAACAUGUUAAAUGUGGUUGAUGUUUAUAUCAUGCUCAAAACUGCCACAUGCUCAAUGAAUAGUUCUGGCACAUUAACCUCCAUUCAUACGAAAGCCUGAUGCUGCCGCUUUUGAAACAUCAAAUAUUUUUUAAUGGUUUUCCCGUUGUUUCGAUUAUUCGUCGAACUUUGGGAGUGUUUUCUCGUUAUUUCAAACUUCUUCAAAAACUUGAAAUUUUGCUGAAGAAAUAUUUAUGCUUCAAGUGGCAGCAUUAGGCUUUAGUACAUUCACGGAUCACGUGCUGCGAAGAUAUGCAAUCAGACAAAUGUAUGUAUGUUGAACCGAGGCCACCUUGUUAGAUGAAUAAACUGCCUGUAAUGUCA